UAGUGAUGUCUAACCGGAGCCAAAAUGGCAGCGAUGUUAUAUUUUCAAACAUCAUCUGUACGCAAACGACUUAUUCGGCCUGGCAUCUAAUCAUUUUUGUAACAUAAUACUUUCAUUAUUUUCAUAUGUUCGUUCGUUUUGAAUUUGUUCUAUGUUGUGGUUAAACGAGAACAGGGGGUCCCUGAAUGACACAAGACCCAGCCCGUUUAGUCUUGUGUUUUCCUCCUCUUUCAGCAUUGUCACAAUGAUAGCUCUCCUACAAUAGUUGUCGCAAAUGAAAAUGGAGGAUAUGUCUCUGUCAGGCCUGGAAAACACCAAGCUCGAGGCCUUGGCUCAUGACGUUUACUCUGACCUAGUGGAAGAUGCCUGUUUAGGGCUGUGCUUUGAGGUGCACAGGGCGGUCAAACAGGGCUACUUCUUCCUGGAUGAAACGGACCAAGAAAGUAUGAAGGAUUUUGAAAUAGUGGACCAGCCUGGUGUGGACAUCUUUGGGCAGGUGUACAACCAGUGGAAGAAUAAGGAGUGUGUGUGUCCCAACUGCAGCCGGAGUAUUGCAGCCUCUCGCUUCGCUCCUCAUCUGGAGAAGUGUCUCGGCAUGGGCCGCAACAGCAGCCGAAUAGCCAACCGCAGAAUAGCCAGCAGCAACAACACAAGCAAGUCAGAAAGCGACCAGGAAGACAAUGAUGAUAUCAAUGACAAUGACUGGUCCUAUGGUUCAGAGAAGAAAGCCAAGAAAAGAAAAUCAGAAAAGAAUCCAAACUCUCCCAGGAGAUCCAAGUCCCUGAAGCAAAAGAACGGAGAGCUCAGCAGUAAUGUCAAUCCAGACCUGUACAAGUAUAACUACAGCUCUGGUAUCAGUUAUGAGACUUUGGGACCUGAGGAGCUGCGCUCUAUACUAACUACACAAUGUGGGGUCGUAUCAGAGCACACAAAGAAGAUGUGUACUCGGUCCCAGCGGUGUCCCCAGCACACGGACGAACAGAGGAGGGCAGUCAGGGUCUUCCUCCUUGGGCCGUCCGCGUCAGUGCUACCUGACUCUGAUACAAUGCUGGAAAAUGAUGGCUAUGAUGCCCCUGAUGGCCAGCUCAUCAUGUCUCGCCUCCAGUGGGAUGGCUCCUCUGAUAUCUCACCAUCAGACUCAGCAUCUUCAAAAGCCAGCACCAAUAACUCAGAAUCUAAGAGACCUAAGAAAAAGAAGAAGCCCAGCACACUGACUCUGACUACCACUGGAAGUGGAGGAGAGCGGGACAAAGGGCAGGAACGAGAGAGAGGAGACCGAGAUAGAGUAGUAGGUGGCGGGAGCAGUAGCAGCAGCUCCCAGAAUGCACUGGGCCUGUCCAGUCGGAAAAAGCGACCAAAACUGCCAGUUCCCCUAGCCCCUAGCCACUACGAUGACCUGAACUAGGGAACAUGAUACUCACACACACUUACACAGUUUUUGAUAAUGAUUGAUUUGAUGAAUCCUUAUGUGAUCUCUAGUUUCCACUAUUUCAAGGUAUAUGAACAAGAUGAGACACUCUCAGUUGAAUGUGUAAGAGAGGAAAGAUCUGGGGCACAAUAGAUUACAUUUGUCAUGGCACAUUGUUGCACAGUGAAAAGUGAGUGUUCUUGUGAUUAGAUGUAGUUUUCAUAUGUGGAUGUGAGUUGGAGCAAGAAUGUUUUUUUUACUAUGCAGUUCACUGUCAUUGUGUUAUUGAAUACUCUUGUGUGUGUAUACAUGAGAUUUGGGUUUAAAGUGAUGCAUGUGUGGGUGAAUGCUGAACAGAUUGCAUGUAUGUGAAUGGGAUGUUGCAAAUAUUUUGUUUCCUAGUGGCACAUGUAUACAUUAGGUUAAUCUGUGCAAUGUCCUCUACUGGUUUUAAAGGGUGUCUUUGCUUCAUAUCAUCUUGCUAAUGUUACUGCAACCUGUUGUCUUCUGCAAGUGAAGCUACUACUCAUACUCUCUCUAGACAAUGUCAUGCUAAAUAAUGGACUUACAUUGUGCUACCGACAGCUUUCUGCCAAAUCUGUGAAUACACAAUCCUUUGCUUUUUGGGACUCUUUUGAAGUUAAUAUUCUUGUUUGUUGUCAUGGCUAAUAUUUCUUGUCUGAUACUUUAUUUAUUUAGUUUAGUGUCAAAGUAAUUUUUUAUUUAAUUUUUUUUAUUAUCGAAUCAUGGCUUUUUGACCUCUUGAUCUUUAACGUAUGCAUUUUCUUGGAUUACAAAGUUUAAAUUGCUGAGACUUUGUUAGAUGUCUGCUUGUUUUGUAUAAAAUGUUUGUUAAUAAAAAAUUAAAUAAAAAUUUCAAAUGCAAAUAGUACGGUAAUUGUACAUGCACUUAAAUGGAUAACAUCCAGCCCAUAUAGGCGCCUUAUUGUAUUUUCAGUGAAAUUUUAAAUGACCUGAGAGUGUGAACUGAAGUGUCCGCAUGAUGGAGAAAAAAAAAAGAUGGUACAACUGAGGAUAAACAAUUGCUUUGGGUGGAUGUUUCUUCUGUGAUGCUGUAAUUGCUCUGGCUCUCAAUGGACUGUAUUAUCUCUGUAAUAGUCUAAAUAAAUAUUUCUCAGGAUUA